ACUGGCCAUGGCGAGUGAGGACAAACAAGUCGUUGAGCCAACAGGUGAUGAUGGAGGAGGAGCAGCGGUAAAAGAAGGAAAUGCUGCUGAAGGGGGAACUGUGCUGCAGCCUUUGAAUCCCGGAGUCCCCAUCCGAGGCAUCAGGAUGAAGUUUGCUGUGCUGACAGGCCUGGUGGAAGUUGGUGAAGUGUCCAACAGAGACAUAGUCGACACUGUGUUCAAUCUGCUUGUUGGAGGACAAUUUGACUUGGAAAUGAACUUUAUCAUCCAAGAAGUAGAGGGCAUCACCUGCAUGGUAGACUUGCUGGACAAGUGUGACAUCACCUGCCAAGCUGAGGUGUGGAGCAUGUUUACAGCGAUCUUGAAGAAAAGUAUACGCAAUCUGCAAGCAUGCACGGAAGUGGGGCUUGUUGAACAAGUGCUCAAGAGGAUUGAUAGAGCUGACAACAUGAUUGCAGAUCUCUUAGUGGAUAUGCUGGGUGUGUUGGCUAGCUACAACUUGACAGUUCGAGAGCUAAAGUUAUUCUUCAGCAAGCUUCAAGGAGAAAAAGGGAGAUGGCCACCUCAUGCUGGGAAGCUAUUGUCUGUGUUAAAACAAAUGCCUCAGAAGUAUGGACCUGAUGCCUUCUUCAACUUUCCAGGAAAAAGUGCUGCAGCUAUUGCCUUACCUCCUAUAGCCAAGUGGCCAUACCAAAAUGGGUUUACUUUCCACACUUGGCUAAGAAUGGAUCCUGUAAAUAAUAUCAAUGUGGAUAAGGAUAAGCCUUAUUUAUAUUGUUUUCGAACAAACAAAGGACUUGGUUAUUCUGCUCACUUUGUUGGAGGCUGCUUGAUUGUAACAUCCAUAAAAUCAAAAGGAAAAGGUUUCCAGCAUUGUGUAAAAUUUGAUUUCAAGCCACAAAAGUGGUAUAUGGUUACUAUAGUGCACAUCUAUAACCGAUGGAAGAAUAGUGAACUUCGAUGUUAUGUGAAUGGGGAACUGGCAUCUUAUGGAGAAAUAACAUGGUUUGUCAACACCAGUGAUACAUUUGACAAGUGUUUCCUGGGUUCUUCAGAAACAGCUGAUGCCAAUCGAGUGUUCUGUGGGCAAAUGACAUCUGUUUACCUUUUUAGUGAGGCUCUCAAUGCUGCUCAGAUCUUUGCCAUUUAUCAGCUUGGCCUGGGGUAUAAGGGAACAUUCAAAUUCAAGGCAGAAAGUGAUCUCUUCCUUGAUGAACAUCACAAAUUGUUACUCUAUGAUGGCAAACUAUCCAGUGCUAUUGCUUUUAUGUACAAUCCAAGGGCUACAGAUGCACAGCUGUGUCUAGAGUCAUCCCCUAAGGAUAACCCUUCUAUUUUUGUUCAUUCACCACAUGCCCUCAUGCUGCAGGAUGUGAAAGCAGUCUUAACACACUCUAUCCAAAGUGCCCUGCACUCCAUUGGAGGCGUGCAGGUACUUUUCCCUCUCUUUGCACAGUUAGACUAUAGGCAGUAUUCAUCAGACCACAUUGACACAACUGUUUGUUCUACUUUAUUGGCUUUCAUCAUGGAGUUGUUGAAGAACUCCAUUGCUAUGCAAGAACAGAUGCUUUCCUGUAAGGGCUUCCUUGUGAUAGGAUAUAGCCUAGAAAAGUCUUCCAAAGCCCAUGUUACCCGAGCUGUGCUGGAACUUUGCCUUGCCUUUUCAAAAUACCUGAGCAACUUAAACACAGGGGUGCCCUUACUGAAGCAGCUGUGUGAUCAUGUUCUCCUUAAUCCUGCAAUAUGGAUUCAUAUCCCAGCACAGGUUCAGCUGACCUUGUACACUUACCUGUCCACUGAGUUCAUUGGGACUGUUAACAUAUAUGGUGCAAUCCGGCGGGUUGGGACAGUUCUUUUGGUCAUGCAUACCCUGAAGUAUUAUUACUGGGUAGUGAAUCCUCAGGAUCGCAGUGGUAUAACUCCCAAGGGCAUAGAUGGUCCACGGCCUACUCAAAAAGAGAUUUUAUCUCUGCGAGCAUUCUUGUUGAUGUUCAUUAAACAGCUAGUGAUGAAGGACUAUGGAAUAAAAGAAGAUGAAUUGCAAGCUAUCCUCAAUUAUCUGCUCACUAUACAUGAGGAUGACAAUCUAAUGGAUGUCUUGCAGUUGCUCGUUGCUCUGAUGUCAGAGCAUCCCAGUUCUAUGAUCCCUGCUUUUGAUCAGAGGAAUGGAUUACAGGUUGUCUACAAGCUUUUAGCAUCACAAAGUGAAGGCAUCAGGGUGCAAGCUCUAAAAGUGAUGGGAUAUUUCUUAAAGCAUCUAGCUCCAAAGAGAAAAGCUGAAGUCAUGCUUGGACAUGGAUUAUUCUCUUUGUUGGCUGAAAGGCUGAUGCUUCAGACAAGCUUAAUCACCAUGACCACAUACAAUGUCCUAUUUGAGAUUCUGACUGAACAGAUUUGCACUCAAGUGAUACAUAAACAGCAUCCUGACCCAGAUUCAACGGUGAAGAUACAAAAUCCUCAGAUUUUGAAGGUUAUUGCAGUCCUGCUACGUAAUUCUCCACAGUGCCCAGAGGCUUUGGAGGUUCGACGAGCCUUUCUCUCAGACAUGAUUAAACUUUUUAAUAACAGCAGAGAAAAUAGGAGGAGUUUGUUGCAGUGCUCUGUCUGGCAGGAGUGGAUGCUUUCUCUUUGCUGUUUUAAUCCAAAGACUUCUGAGGAACAGAAGAUAACUGAGAUGGUGUAUACUAUAUUUCGAAUUUUGCUCUACCAUGCAAUCAAAUAUGAGUGGGGUGGUUGGCGUGUUUGGGUGGACACACUAUCCAUCACACACUCAAAGGUAACUUUUGAAAUGCACAAGGAGAGUCUUUCUCAAAUGUAUAGGGAGUACCAAGGGAAAGGAGGUGAAGGGAGUGGAAUACAUUCUUCAGUACCAAUUAGAACAAUCUCUGGAGUUAGCAACGAAGCUGAAAUCAAGGGGAAGCAAGAGUGUUUGGAGUUAAAAGAAGAUGCUACUGCCCCUUCCCGUGUUGAUGGUGGUGUGGAGUGCAGCACUGAAAAAAAAGAGACAAACACCUCAACAGAUGAUGACCAACAAACUCAUUUAGUGUCUAAUCAUAGGGAGGAGUUAAAGGGGGUGGAGAGGGAAACUGCACAGAACUUAAAAGCAAUGUCUUGUGUGGAAUUUUCUCCAGAACCAGGAGAAAUAAAUCCCAAUGUUUCAGAAAUUAGUACUGGAAUAGCUGAAGCAAUUGAAGAAUCAUUGAGCAAAGCUGAUGAGCUUGUGGAGGAAUCAGUAGCUGUCACUGCUGCUUCUUUAACAGUGCAAACUACUCUGGAAGAAAAAACUCCUGAGAGUCCGGAUAGAGUGGAAAAAUCAACAGUAGAGGUGGAAGAUGAAGACGAUUUUGUUGAUUUGAAAGAGGAAAGUGGUAUGUCUUUACCAUCAGAAGAGUUUGUAGAAACAAAAAAGGAAUGUAUCUCUGAUGAAAGUGAAGUGACAAAGCAGGAAGAAGCAGUAGAGGAGCAGCCUGAAUCUGUGCUUUUACAAUCCAAAGAUAUUGAAGGUGUGGAUGGGGAAAAAGAAGAACUGACUUCUUUACCAGAAGCAGUGAGUUCUGCAGUUCAAGAAAUAGCGACUCAAUCAGAUUCAAAAGGGAAAAAGAAGCUGGUGAAAGGAAGGAUUCUUUCUAGUGAGACCAAAGCAGCUGAAGAAAAUGCAAAUGCACGUGUGCCAGCACCUGCUGGAACCUCUGAUAAAAGAAUCGCCAAGCUUGAUGUUUCUAGUGUUGCAUCAGAUACGGAAAGACUGGAACUGAAGGCUAACACAUGUCUAGAAGCACCUGUGCCCCCCAGAUCCAUACCUGAGACCUCAAGGCAGCAAGAUUCUUCAGGACAAGAGCUAGCUGCUACAUCAGAUGAGCAGAGAAGAGAAUCUAGGUCAGCUGUGUUCCGUAUUCCUGAGUUUAAGUGGUCACUGAUGCAUCAGCGCUUGCUCACAGAUUUACUCUUUUCCAUAGAAACAGAUAUACAGAUGUGGAGAAGCCAUUCCACAAAAACUGUGAUGGACUUUGUGAAUAGCAGUGACAAUGUCAUAUUUGUGCACAACACAAUUCACCUCAUCUCACAAGUGAUGGACAACAUGAUCAUGGCUUGUGGUGGUAUAUUGCCGUUGCUUUCUGCUGCCACAUCCGCUACUCAUGAAUUGGAGAAUAUUGAGCCAACUCAAGGGCUUUCAGUAGAAGCAUCUUUAACAUUUAUCCAGAGAUUAAUCAACCUUGUGGAUGUGCUAAUUUUUGCAAGCUCUCUUGGUUUCACUGAAAUUGAGUCUGAGAAAAACAUGUCAUCUGGAGGAAUUCUACGACAAUGUCUUCGUCUGGUGUGUGCGGUAGCAGUAAGAAAUUGUUUGGAGUGUCAGCAGCAUGCACAGAUGAAGCCUACUGGAGACAUUGGGAAGAUCCAAAAAACAGUGCCGGGCUUUAUAGGAACAGGAAAAUCCGCAGCAAAGAGUCCAGUGGACAUUGUGACUGGUGGCAUUUCUCCAAUACGAGACCAUGACAGACUUUUGCAAGAUAUGGAUAUUAACAGGCUUCGAGCUGUGGUGUUCAGAGAUAUAGAGGACAGUAAACAGGCUCAGUUUUUGGCAUUGGCUGUUGUAUAUUUUAUUUCUGUGCUCAUGGUUUCAAAAUACAGAGAUAUACUGGAGCCCCAGAAUGAAAGACGACCACCAAACCAUAGCCAGUCUUUCAAGGAAUCAGAGAAUGAAAAUAGUGAAACUCCUGCUACAGAUGUGGAAAAUCCAUCUGCUGCUGUCUGUGCUUUGGCCUCCACUGAAGAUUCAAAAAGUACAGCAUCUGUACAAAGAAGAGAUUCUGGUCUGGGGGAGGAACCCACUUCAGGGCAAGCAAACAAUUCUGAUGGUGUUGCUGAAGCAGGACCUCUGAACAUCAGUGCAGGUCCAGAUGCAGUCAGUGAAGUACUGUGCACGCUCUCAUUAGAAGUAAAUAAGUCUCAGGAGGGCAGAAGUGAGACAGGAACCGAGGAUAGUAAGCCUGUAACUUCUGUGCCAGUUGCAAAAAAUGUCAAUGUAAAGGACAUCUUGAGAAGCUUGGUAAGCACACCAGGUGAUGGGAGUGCAGUGGAUUCUGCUCUUCUGCCGCCAACCUUCCUUGGAGUUCUUGGCGAGGGAGCUGCUGAGCAGUCUGUACAGUUCCAUUCCUUUGACAGGAGUGUAGUUGUCCCAACGAAGAAAUCAACCAUUUCCUCUUCUGCAGCUGCUAUGAGUAUUCCUACGAAUGCUGUCAGUGUGGUUUCUUCUUUAGAUUCAGCACAAGCCCCAGAUUUGUCAGUAGAAUCUCCUGGAAGGGGAUCAUCUAAUUCGAAAUUGCCGUCUGUCCCUACGGUUUCUUCAGUGCCUGAGGAUUCUGCUUCAAAUAUGAGUAUUACAGACAGGCUUGAACAUGCUUUGGAAAAAGCUGCCCCACUUCUAAGAGAGAUUUUUGUGGAUUUUGCUCCCUUUCUUUCUCGGACUCUUUUGGGCAGCCAUGGACAGGAGUUGCUGAUAGAAGGUCUUGUGUGCAUGAAAUCAAGCAGUUCAGUUGUUGAGCUGGUGAUGCUUCUUUGCUCUCAGGAGUGGCAGAACUCUAUACAAAAGAAUGCUGGCCUUGCCUUUAUUGAGCUUGUCAACGAAGGAAGGUUGCUGAGUCAAACCAUGAAAGACCAUUUGGUAAGAGUGGCUAAUGAAGCAGAAUUUAUCUUGAGCAGACAGAGAGCAGAGGAUAUUAACCGCCAUGCUGAAUUCGAGUCACUGUGUGCCCAGUAUUCUGCAGACAAACGGGAAGAAGAAAAAAUGUGUCAUCAUUUGAUAACGGCAGCUAAGUACCGAGACCAGGUGACUGCAACUCAACUAAUACAGAAAAUUAUCAACAUUCUGACAGACAAGCAUGGAGCCUGGGGAAGCUCUGCACCAAGUCGUCCUCGUGAGUUCUGGCGCCUUGACUACUGGGAAGAUGACUUGCGGCGCCGGCGACGAUUUGUGCGUAACCCCCUUGGAUCGACACAUCCUGAAGCGACACUAAAAGCAGCCGGAGAACAUGCUCCUGAUGAGGAUAUACUUGUUAAAGGAAAGCAGUCCAUCAAGAGUCAAGUUUUAGGAAAUCAGAACUCAGAAAGUGAGAUUCUCUUAGAAGGCGACGAUGACAUCAUGUCAUUCAUGGAGGAAAGAGAAGUGGAGAACUUAACGGGUCCAGUUGCCCUAAGCACAUUUGAGGUGGAUGAAGAAGAUCCCAGUUUUAAGAAAAUCGACCCGAAGAUUCUGGCAUAUACAGAAGGACUUCAUGGAAAAUGGCUCUUUUCAGAGAUCCGAUCUAUCUUUUCCCGACGUUACCUUUUGCAAAAUACAGCACUGGAGAUAUUCAUGGCAAAUAGAGUGGGUGUCAUGUUCAACUUUCCUGACCAAGCAACUGUAAAGAAAGUGGUUAACUGUCUACCUCGGGUCGGUGUUGGUACUAUCUUUGGACUACCCCAGACCAGACGCAUUUCUUUGGCCAGUCCACGACAGAUUUUCAAAGCUUCCAAUAUGACCCAGCGAUGGCAACACCGAGAAAUUUCCAACUUUGAAUACCUGAUGUUUCUAAAUACUAUAGCAGGUCGAACUUACAAUGAUUUAAAUCAGUACCCUGUGUUCCCUUGGGUUAUCACGAAUUAUGAAUCAGAGGAGUUGGACCUUACACUUCCUAGCAACUUCAGGGAUUUGUCAAAGCCUAUUGGAGCUUUGAAUCCAAAGAGAGCAGCGUUCUUUGCUGAAAGAUAUGAAUCAUGGGAAGAUGACCAGGUUCCAAAAUUUCACUAUGGCACACAUUAUUCAACUGCAAGUUUUGCACUCACGUGGUUAUUAAGAAUUGAACCCUUUACAACAUUUUUCCUAAAUCUACAAGGUGGAAAGUUUGAUCAUGCAGACAGAACCUUCUCGUCUAUUUCAAGAGCGUGGCGCAACAGUCAGCGUGACACUUCCGAUAUCAAGGAAUUGAUUCCUGAAUUCUAUUACCUCCCAGAGAUAUUUGUCAACAGCAACAAUUACAAUCUGGGAGUGAUGGAUGAUGGAACAGUGGUGUCUGAUGUUGAACUUCCACCAUGGGCCAAAACCCCAGAAGAAUUUGUUCGUAUAAACAGACUGGCAUUAGAAAGUGAGUUUGUUUCCUGCCAGCUUCACCAGUGGAUUGAUCUGAUUUUUGGCUACAAACAACAAGGGCCAGAGGCUGUUAGGUCCCUGAAUGUGUUCUAUUAUUUGACAUAUGAAGGAGCUGUUAAUUUAAGUUCAAUAACGGAUUCUGUAUUGAGAGAGGCUGUUGAAGCUCAAAUACGAAGUUUUGGACAGACCCCUUCCCAACUGCUCAUAGAACCACAUCCUCCAAGAAGUUCUGCCAUGCAGGUGUAUCUCCUCCUGCAGAGUCCGUUGAUGUUCACAGACCAAGCUCAACAGGACGUUAUCAUGGUUCUUAAGUUCCCAUCCAACUCCCCUGUCACUCAUGUAGCAGCCAACACCCAGCCUGGUCUGACCAAUCCUGCUGUGAUCACAGUUACUGCAAAUAGGCUAUUUGCUGUAAACAAGUGGCAUAAUCUUCCUGGUGCUGUACAAGACCAGCCUUACCAGCUGCCAGUGGAAAUCGAUCCUCUCAUAGCCAGCAAUACAGGUAUGCACAGAAGGCAAAUCACUGACCUUUUAGACCAAAGCAUUCAGGUACAUUCCCAGUGUUUCGUCAUCACCUCUGAUAAUCGUUACAUCUUGGUCUGUGGCUUCUGGGACAAGAGUUUUCGUGUUUAUUCUACUGACUCAGGUAAAUUGAUACAAGUAAUAUUUGGACACUGGGAUGUUGUAACCUGUCUUGCUCGUUCUGAGUCCUACAUUGGAGGAAAUUGUUACAUUCUCUCAGGAUCGCGUGAUGCAACGUUGCUGCUCUGGUACUGGAACGGCAAAACCAAUAUCAUUGGUGAUAACCCAAGAGCCAGUGAUUUUGCAACUCCUCGAGCUAUUUUGACAGGACAUGACUAUGAGAUCACCUGUGCUACCAUUUGUGCUGAACUUGGUCUGGUAAUAAGUGGUUCCAAAGAAGGACCAUGUCUCAUACAUUCUAUGAAUGGAGAUCUACUGAGGACAUUAGCUGGUCCUAAAACAUUAGAAGGUCCCGAAAAUUGCCUGAAACCAAAACUUAUUCAAGCUUCAAGAGAAGGCCACUGUGUCAUAUAUUAUGAAAACGGCCUCUUCUGUGUAUUCAGUGUGAAUGGGAGACUUCAAGCCACUAUGGAAACAGAUGACAAGAUAAGGGCAAUUCAGCUCAGUCGAGAUGGACAGUAUCUGCUUACAGGUGGAGACAAUGGAGUUGUCAUGGUGUGGCAGAUGUGGGACCUCAAGCGGCUUUUUGCUUACCCAGGGUGUGAUGCUGGAAUCCGAUCCAUGGCCCUGUCAUAUGACCAAAGGUGUAUAAUGACUGGCAUGGCAUCUGGGAGCAUAGUGGUUUUCUACAAUGACUUCAAUCGUUGGCAUCAUGAAUAUCAAACCAGAUACUGAUCCUCAGAGACCAAGACAAGCACUGAUGUGGCCAGCUGUUGUCAGAAAGACGCUGACGACAACACACCUCUCUUGGUGUCUUGCUACAAUGUUGUUCCUUAUAAAUAGCUAUAUUACAUCUGAAUGUAACUUAAAUUUGCUGGAAGAAGCAACCUAUUUUUUAAAGUUAAUUGCUAUUUUUGUAGACCUUGCUUGACUUUUUUGGGGAAAGGGCAGAGAAGCAGAAAAAUGGCGGCUGGGUUCUGUAGUUAAAAAUCUAUAUUUUUAGUCAUAAUGAGAAGUCUAUUUUGAUCCCUGUAGGUAAAAGAUACCUAAAGAUGGAUAAAACUC